CGCGUCGAAGAGAAUCAUCUCGUACAUUUCAACAUCUACAAGCAGAAAAAUCGAGUAUGUUUUGCUUAACCAUCGAGACUCAUCGCAUGAAUGCUAUUCGUACGGCGACAGGCGAGCACACUACAUCUUGAGGUCGGAGAUGGACAACGAACCCGGACUCGGCUAUUAGUAUCAUAUCUCCACGCCUCCUUCUAUAACAAUGCGCCCACUUGUACAACAGUUCGGCUCAUGACUCCGUCGAGGUUGGGAUUGUUUGAUGAUGAUGUGAUGAGUGUGUUGAGCUAUGACAAUAUUUCCAAUGGCAACAUAGCUGGAGUGCAAAUCGGACGACGUGCAUGGGAAACCCGUACCGCCAAUGAUGCGCGAUCCGGAACGGGUUUGCAUCAAUGCCGGCACAGUACCGCUUUUCACCCAUCACUCUUCCCGGUCUUCUGCGAACUGGAUCGUAGGCUUGGUUCCAUCCCACAAAGUCGGGAUCGGGGAAACAGUAUGAGUAACGAUGUUCACGGAACUGAUUCUUGCAUCUUAAUGACGAUGAUUGCCGGUCUGGACGUUGAAUUCCAUGGAUCAUGAAAGCUGGAAGGCUGGCGAUGAUGCAUUGGCUGGACUCGGGUCGGAGCAUUGCUCAAUGGCUUCAGCUCCUCCGGGAAUCUUUGCAGGCGAUUCCGACCACUCAGAUCAAACAUCUUGUCAUUGCCACUGGCUAGCAAUUGGGAAACCCCAGCAGGCCCGAUCUUCCUCGUGGAAAGCCAAGAACUGCUUCUGUCCAAAAUGACUUAGCCGCAGUCGCGUCCUCGGCAAGUAUAAGUAC